CCAUCCUAAAGGGCCCUCACACCUGCAACGAGGUCUGUGUGUUUUGGAAGAUUGAAAUCAUGGCAGGUCCAGAAACUGAUGCCCAGUACCAAUUCACUGGUAUCAAAAAAUAUUUCAACUCUUACACUCUCACAGGGAGAAUGAAUUGUGUACUGGCCACAUACGGAGGUAUUGCUUUGAUAGUUUUAUACUUUAAGUUAAGGUCUAAAAAAACUCCAGCUGUGAAAGCAACAUAAACGGAUUCUCAAUUGUACCUCAUCUGUUAAGUUCCCAUGCCUAAAGAAGCUAAUGUCAACUCAUCAUGUGAUACUCGAUUUGUACAAUAAAUUAUGAACCUGGAAAAAAAAAAAAAAAAAAAAA